CAGAUUCAUUCCCCCACUUGAAACCUGAAAACGGUGGGCCCACACACAGUCUUCCUGAUUUCAGGUAAAAACAAUAACUGAAGAUGUCAAGCAAAACCGCAAGCACCAACAACCUCACCCAGGCCAGGAGAACUGUGCAGCAGUUAAGACUAGAAGCCUCCAUUGAAAGAAUAAAGGUUUCCAAGGCGUCGGCUGACCUCAUGUCCUACUGCGAGGAGCAUGCCAGGAGUGACCCUCUGCUGAUAGGGAUACCAACCUCAGAAAACCCUUUCAAGGAUAAAAAAACAUGCAUCAUCUUAUAGAGGAAGGGCAGCACAGUUCCUCGCGUCUUCUCAAAUCAAAUUAUGAGCAGCUCCUUGAAGAGAAUUACCAUCAGCUUAUUUGGUAACCACUGCUAAUAACUAAAAUGCUCUUAACAUGGAAUGGUAGACUCUGAGGUCUUUAUUUUCCAAGUUGUUCUUUCUCUGAAAUACCCUUUACUGAUCUAAUACAAAAUAAUAACAAUCUUGUUUUUCAUUUGGUAACUGUGGUGUCAUAUUGGGUUGCUGCUUAAUGAAAGUCAGUCUGGGCCUUUUAAACAACACAAUGAUAUACUUCCAAAUAUAUGAACAAUCCAUUUAUGUCAAGACCUAAAUUACCUAAACCCCUGUCUAAAUUAAAAUUCCAAGAAUAGCUUAAGUCCUUAAAUCUUUAUAUUAUAAUGUGUUCUUAAUAGGGUUGUGCCAACCUGUACAGUGUACACGGAUGAGGAGUGUUUUGUGUAUAUAGAUAUAAAUAUAUGUCUUUGUAUAUACACAUAUCAAAGCUUAUUAAAAUGCCUCUUCAUACCAUCAGUUCCUCAGCUCCAGAAGUUGUACCUUCAUCUUAAGCUAUGUGUAGGUAGAAUAAGAAGUUCUUUUUAUAUAGUUAUUGUACAAAAAGUAAAGAACAUCCUAAAGGCUGUAUUCAUUGUAAUGGAGAAAUGAAGUCAUCUCUUGCUGACCCUCUUCGGCUACAAUAAACUGUGCCAAUUAAAAUUUUUAAAGUGAAUUGAAAGCCCUUUUAUAAUGUGAGGUAUUCAUUCAUUCACAAGAGGCCUUUUGGCUUCAGUGAUCCUGAAUCUAGAAAAGGGGAGGACACCAGGCAUCUGUGUCCCCGGGACUCAUGUUCUCUGGACCAGGGAUAGACAUCUGAAAUAUCCACCCUAAUGAUGGGAAUGAGACAGAGUGCACAGGAGCCUGGCAGAGAGAGGAGCAGGAAUGUGUGAAAACCAGCUGCUAUUCCUGACCAGACUCUGUGAUUUAGCUCCUCUCUUUCUCUCUGCCUUCCCUUUAUCUUUCCUGUCCUGCUAGAACACCUAUUUGCAGAGGUAAUGUUCACCUCCCCAGCCCAAGUGGGUGGAACAUGGUGGGGAUGAAACAUACAAAAAACAAAGGUAGUAAGACAAGCUCUUUUCAAGCAUCUGCAGUGUCAUUCCUACCUUGUCCACAAACAGUCCAAGAGAGGCGUGGAUUCAGUGGCACACGACUUGGGCCCAAGGGUUCCAGCAGCUGGGUGUUGGGUAACUCAGUUUUCCUCUGGGCAUGAAUGUAGCCCUCACAUCCUCAGUUUCCAGUGUGGAUCCCAAAAGAAGGAAUCUCCUAUGACCAGAGAGUAUGUUAACUUUAUCAAAGGGGAAGAGAGGUUCUUUUUUUCUAAAUGCUCACUUAAGGGCCCAAACCAUACACUUGGCCUCUGAUAUUUUAAUUCAUCUUCAGUUCAUUAAAAAUAACUACUAAUGAAGGAUUAAAAACGUAUUCUCAAAAAGGAUUAAACCCCAAGAAGGAAUUAUUUACCACGGAUUUUCCCUACUUCUGUAUAGUCUUGCCUUAUAAUGCAAGCCCCUUUUAAAAUCUAAUGUCUGGGCUUUGAGUAUUAUGUUAAUGUGGAUAAACAAAUGCCAGACUAUUUUUAAACUGCUCGAAUAUAUUCAGUGUUUCUCCACAUCACCUAUCUAUUCAGCAUUGUGAACUGCCCUCGCUUUUCCAAGACCAUGUGAAUCACUGCCCUAAACCUCUUGUCAUCUAGAGCUUGGUUCUGCAAUAUGCCCAAUUCCCAAGUAAAUUAUAGCCACCUGUUUAGGAGAGAGAAAGGUUUUACCUUUCAAACGGCAAAAUUUGAAAUGUACACUAAAAAGACAUCUUUACAUUUAAUGCUUCACUCAAGGAGACAUUCUCUUUUUUAAUGAGUAUAUUUUUAUGGUAGUUUCAGAACACUAAUCUUAUUUUCACUCUGAUUUUUAAUGUUACUUUAACAAGAUGUAUUAUAAAUAUUUAAAGAAUUUUCAUGAAAUUAUGUUUAUUAAACAGUUAUGUGCACAAUUUUGGUAGCAAGCAUAGUUUAUUCUUCAGUACUAAAACAUGUUCUAAAACAGAAAACAAAUAUGUUUUGCUAUAUAUUUAUUAAUAUGCUUGUAGUGAUAAGGAAUGGACUUGAGGUCCCAGGAGAUUUCAUUUUGUUUUUGCUGGCCAGAUAUCAUAAAGGCCAUGAGUAUCAAUGUCAUGUAACUUCCUAACCAGGUAUAGGACCUGUUCAAGAAAAGUGAAAUCUAAUCCUUUGAUGCUGGACCCAAGGGGGAGGGGGUUGUAGCUAAAUAUUGAUUUACAUGUAACUAGACUAUAUGUGAGAAAAGAAAAAAAAAUAAAAUAUAUAUAUAUAUAUACAUAUAUAUGAUAUGCAGAAGUCACUUUUAUUUACCGGGCUUUAUUCUACUUGUGAAGCCACACAGUCCAUCUGUUCUGCAGCAGCUGGUUUAUGAUAAUGACAGACAAAUGCCCAGUGUGUGUUAUUUUUUCCAACUACCACUGUAAUGACACACAAUCACAUAUAUACAUACAACUUCUUGGCUUCCUAUCUAUGAAGCCAGUUAAAUAUGUUCACUAUCUUUGAUGCUGCUUGUGUUAACAGUGAUCUCACUGUUUUGUAUUCUUCUGUCUUUAUUAGUUCAUCAUAAAUCUGUCCAGUUGAGGCCUCAGGAUCGUGGCGAGGUAUGCUAGACAAAAUUUCAUGACUCCAAAGAAUUUUACAGAAACACUUUUUUUUUUUUUCCUAGAGAGAAAACACUUUAUAUACCAGGUGGUUCCCAAGUUAUAGGUUGUAACUCCUUUUUUUCUAAAAAGAAUCAGGUUUUUACAUUUCCUUACUUUAUUAAAAUACAAGGUGCCAUACUUAUCUUUUAAAGGAAAGACCUAAUUUACUUUCUUUGUUUGGACUAUUUUUGUACUUUACUAAUUUUUAAACUAUCAGAUAAAAACAUUGUACUGAUGAUUUAGUAAUUUUGAGGCAUAGGUUAGUUUAGGUAAUAGAGGAUGUGCCAAACUCUCUCUUCAGAUGCCUUCUUCUCAACCGAUUUACAACUGAAAUAGUGCAGUCUGAGUGAUUAUACCCAAUUUUGACUUAAGAACGAAAUAGGCCCAAGAAAUGAAUUACACUACAUGUCAGUCCUUUCUCAAUAAAAUAAAAUACAGAGUAUGUUAUGAAUUGUAUUGAUUUCUUUUAUGGUGUAUCUGUUAAUAGGAAAACGUACAUUGAAUCAAAUAGAAUUAUAUGUGUAUUAAAAUAGAGCGCUUACCUAAAGUUGGAUGGCCUACGUCGUCUUCUAGCCAAUCCUGUGUCCCUGUGUUGUGUGGCUUUGGACAAGGCACUUCAUCUCCCUGGGCCUCCAUUUCGCCAUCUGUAAAACAAGGGGCUUGAAGUAGAUGGUGGCUGAGAUCCCUUCCUGCCCUCAGAUGCCUUGGUCCAGUCACCCAACCCUCUACUUGUCUGCCAACGUGUUGGUGCUAUAAGCUGCUUCAAAUAUAAACUCAGUUUGUCUAUCGUGUAUGCUCAUUUAAUAGCUUAUGAAAGGCCUUUUUGUCAUACAGCUCUUUUUUCUAGUUUUGUGGACUUGAUUACUGUAAUAAUGUCUUGUUGUUUUUAGCUGUGUAACUAUAAACAUAUAUUCUCUUGAUGUCUCAGUAAAAUUUGAUAUGUAGUUGAUGGGAUCUUGUUAUUUUAUAACAUUCUUUGGCUACUCAUCUGUCCAGCAUCUUAUUAACCUAAACACUGUGACCGUUGUUUGGAAAUCUGUCCUAUGGAAAUAAUAAAAGCAUUUAUUUCACAGCU